ACGUGCCGGGGAGACGUCAUCAGGAGGCGCGGACGGUGCAGCUGACACACAUCGCGGUAGUGAUGCGGUCCCUGAGCUAUGUGCAGCGCGCUGUGCUGGAGUUCAGCGGGUCGCUCUUCCCGCACGCCUUGUGCCUCGGGGACGCGGACAAUGACUCGCUGAAUGAGCUGGUCCUGGGAGACACCAGCGGGAAGCUGCACAUCUACAAGAAUGACCAGAGCAAACCCUGGCUGAGCCGCUGCUGCUCCGGCAUGUUGACCUGUGUAGGUGUUGGUGAUGUAUGCAAUAAAGGAAAGAAUUUUGUGGUGGCAGUGAGUUCUGAGGGCUGGUUUCAUGUCUUUGACCUUAGCUCUAAAUUGGAUGUUCUGGGUGACCUUACUAUGGGAGAAGAACAGAAAGCUACAUACACGCAGCAUUUACCUGCAAAUACUAAGCUUGCCUUGAUAAGUGAUAUAGACGGCGAUGGCCGCUGUGAGUUAGUUUUAGGAUACACAGACCGUGUAGUCCGAGCCUUUCGCUGGGAGAGUCCUCCAGAUGCGGAUUUAUCCUGUGGGCAGCUUGUUCCUCUAAAGAAAUGGUUGCUGGAGGGACAGGUUGACAGUCUUUCUGUAAACCCUGGUGCAGAUGGUACCCCUGAGUUAAUGGUGUCCCAGCCAGGUUGUGGCUAUGCAAUUCUUCGUUGUACCUGGGGCGAUGAGUCCAUGCUAGGAACAGAGGGGCCGGGAGCUGCAGAGGCAAGGGAGAUUUCUGCUCGAGAUGUCAUCCUUCACCAAACCUCUGGCCGAAUACAUAAUAAAAAUGUUUCUACACACCUAAUGGGAAACAUCAAGCAAGGACCUGGUGUUGGAAACCGAGAACCUGGUUUGUUUGCAUUAUGUACCCUAGAUGGCACACUAAAGCUUAUGCAAGGAUCUGACAGGCUCUUAUGGUCAGUUCAGGUUGAUCAUCAACUCUUUGCUUUGGAGAAGCUUGAUGUAACGGGUAAUGGACAAGAAGAAGUUGUGGCCUGUGCAUGGGAUGGGCAAACGUACAUCAUAGAUCACAACCGUACAGUCCUUCGCUUCCAAGUUGAUGAAAAUGUCAGUGCCUUCUGUGCUGGACUCUAUGCCUGCAGAGGUAACCAGAACAGUCCAUGUUUGGUUUAUGUUGGUUUCAAUCAGAAAAUUUAUGUGUAUUGGUCCAUAACACUAGAAAGGAUAGAGUCCUCCAACCUCCUUCGUGUAUUAGAGGGAAAUGAAGAAUUCACCUCUCUGCUUGGUAAAUUAAAUAUAGAUGUGAAUGAUGUCUCGGCUGUACAGGAUCUCAUCCAUCAAACAUUCUAUUGCUCUAAUGGAAAACAUAAGGACUGUUCUAAAAAGGAGACAACACAAACAACGGGACCUUGAUUUCUGGAACAUAAGUCAAUAUGAAGUCGUAUACACUGCGUGCCCUGUCUACAGACUUAGGAUGUUCUACUCUCUGUCACAUAUAAUAAGCUAAUUUAAAUAUGUGGCCUUGCUGUAUUUUUGCAUGGCAGCCACUCCUGUUCAUGUGUUAAAACACACGGCCUCCACUGAAGACUUGGUGGAAAGACUUGUGCUGUAUGCAGUGGGGUUUCUUCCCAUCAAAAUGAUGAGGUCCGGUGUCCCAUAUAAGUGAGUAGUAUAAAGGGAAGUCAGUGAACCUAUUAUAAGUCAGUGAUAUCCAUUGGGCAUUGGUUCCAGCACCGUAUCGUUCUUUCUGUUAUAAACAGAAACUAUUCUCUAUUUCUAUGAAUAAAAUAUGCACAUUAUUACUUCCAUUGUUUUUGUAUAAUCAAGACAUACUUUCAAAUUCUGUACUAUUAGAGAAUGUUUGUGGCAUAUUAAAAGUAUAUGCCAUAAACGUCUGAUAGAUGCAGUUUAUUUCUCUGAGAUUUACAUCUAAGUUGAAAAUGCUGUAUCUGGAUGGAGAAAUAUAUAUAUUUUUUAAACUGUUUUUAUUGCGUUGUAAUUGCAUAAUAAAGGAAUGAUGUAA